CCAAAUUCUAGCUUAAGUCCCCUGCUUAUUAUCAAAUCACCUUAAACUACCGAAUGCUCUUGUUGGUCCGAGCGAGAAGAAAAAUUAGCUCCAAAGCUCGCAACCGCUCAAUCCACCAUUGUUCGGAAGGCCUGCGAAAUGAUGGAGAAGACACGAAUCCCUCUUCGUCAUGGACUCGCGCGAUCAGGUCCUCCGCCGACCUCCGCCGCUACGGCCACGUUCUCUCCCUCUAUGCCCAGAUGCUCAGAUCCGGUUACCACCCGGACCCCUUCGCCAUUUCUGCUGCUCUCAAGGCGUGCGCUCGCGCUCCUUUCAUGGCUGCCGCCGUCGCCAUUCAUGCCCAAAUACACAAGCUCGGACAUCGUACUGAUGUCUAUACACAGACCGCGCUCGUUGGCCUUUACUCCAAGCUCGACGGAAUUGUAACCGCUCAGAAGGUUUUUGAUGAAAUGCCCAACCGAAAUGUCGUCUCCUGGAACUCAAUACUCAGUUGUUACAUCAGAGCUUUGGACAUAACGGAUGCACGCAGGGUGUUCGAUGAAAUGCCUCUUAAAGACGUGGUAUCCUGGAAUUCAAUGGUUUCGGGUUACGCAAAAGCCGGUGACAUGGACCGCGCCACUGAGCUUUUCUGGGCCAUGCCGGAAAGGAACCCAGCUUCAUGGAAUGUAAUGAUCAGUGCAUACAUUGAUCGCGGAGAUAUGGCACGGGCAAGAAAGUUGUUUGAUGUAAUGCCACAGAGGAGCAAUAUAUCUUGGAAUGCAAUGAUUACUGGUUACUCAAGACGUGGAGAUGUCACUUCUUCAGAAGAGCUCUUUAAAAAGAUGGAUACAAAGGACAUAUUUUCAUGGAAUGCAAUGAUUUCUUGCUAUGUUCAGAAUGGCUUCUCAAGAGAUGCAAUUCAGUUGUUCAACAGAAUGCGAAAGCCCGAUGCUAAUGUUAAUCCUGAUGAGAUGACCUUUUCAAGUGUUAUCUCUGCUUGCUCCCACCUGGGAGAGUUGAAAUUUGGUAUAUGGAUUGAGGAUUAUAUAUGCUCCAUUGGGAUAGAGUUGGAUGAUCAUUUGCGCACUGCUUUUAUAGAUUUGUAUUCCAAAUGUGGAGGCAUGGAUCAGGCUUUCAAACACUACCACCAUCUCAGGAAGAAGGAUGUAGUAUCAUACAGUGCUAUGAUAUUAGGAUGUGGCAUAAAUGGAAGGUGUGGUGAAGCUAUUAGUUUGUUUGAUGAUAUGGUGAGAUCAAAGAUUGCACCAAAUUCAGCAACUUUUGUAGGACUUCUCACAGCAUAUAAUCAUGCUGGUCUGGUUGAUGAAGGCAAUAGAUGCUUUGCUUCUAUGUGGAGCAAGUAUCUUGUUUCACCAUCAACUGAUCACUAUGCUAUUAUGGUGGAUCUUCUUGGUAGAAAAGGCAGAUUAGAAGAAGCUCAUCAACUGAUUCUGGCAAUGCCAAUGGAACCCCAUGCUGGUGUUUGGGGAGCAUUGCUUCUCUCUUGUAGAUUGCAUGGAAAUGUAAAACUUGGCGAGCUCGCCGCAAAAAAUUGCUUUGAGUUAGCACCAGAUUCCAGUGGUUACCAUGUUAUCCUGGCCAGUAUUUAUGCUGAAGCUGGGGAGUGGGAGAAAGCUAAGAGUCUAAGGAAAGUAAUGGUAGAGAAGGGAUUAGCUAAGGUGCCAGGGUGCAGUUGGGUGGAGCCUAAAUGAUCCUGUUGUGUUAUUUGAGGGAAGAAAUUUUCUGUGACAGAGUAGUCUUGGUUGAGGCUUAGUUAUGGGUGCAGCUGGGGCGUAAUGAAUCAAACUUGCCAACAGUUUCCAUAAUAUUUCUUAUAUUCUGCGAAGUGUGUGCUGGUACUUAUUUGGGGGAUGUGAAGAUGAUUGGUUAUUUCAGUGAGGGAUGACUGUGGAACUGAUUCAUUGGAUGAAGGGAAGGAUAAAUGACAGGCCAAGUUGCCAUUGUAAGUCACUGAACAAGAAAUGCUGGAAGGAAAAAAAUGCUUGUAGAUGGUUUGAAGUUAACUGGCAGUUGAUUUGAAGAGCUAGAAAUUUUGUCAGAACCAUGAACUAGCACUUGUUUUCGUUGUCUAUACACAAGCUUCAACCAAAGAAAUGGAUAAGAAAAAAUAGGAGCUUGUUCUGCCUUUAUUUACAGAUGUAAAAGCUGAAUGGGAUUGUAGUUUGUCUUGUAUGAACUGGUAAGUAAUGCUGAUGCCCAACUGACUCAUUUAAUCCUAUACUCCGAAUCCUUGAAGUGUCUUGGUGAUCCUUCAGAAAUCUUUCUUAAUAAUAGCCCAAUUAUAUUC